GUUCAGUUGGUAUCUACCACUUGUCCCGCGUGUCAUUGCGCCAAAAACACGAAUGUUUUCCCGCCUCUGAGACACAUCAAACGUUAACGACGACAACCGCUCAGCAUCACCGAGAGGGAGACAGCGAGUCGACACCAGAGACGUCCCCGCUUCUGAAAACCACCGAAAACCGAUUCUACUCGGCUCCAUCAUCUGCGCUCCAGAGAUGUCGAGGAUUUCAGAGAAAAUGUGGAAAAAAGCCCUGACCUCCAUCCUGGAGGAGCUGGAAAAGCACCAGUACAGAAAGAUGCUGGAGGCUUUGGAAAGGAUCCCCAAAGGUCUGAAGACUGAGAGGUCCAAGGAAGAGAUGCCCAAAACCAUCAUCGAGCAUUAUGGCAUAAACGAGUCCAUCUCCGCAGUCAACGAAGCCAUCGACGAGAUCCCGAGGAGGGACUCCGCGGUCCAGGACCUGCUGCAACCCUUUGUGGAGAAGCUGAGGAAGAAAGAUGAGACGCGGAACAAGGGGUUUAAGAAGAAGGCCGUGGCACGUGACUCCGAAAGCUCGGAUGAGGAGCGAAAUGCUGCAGCUGAUCAACCGAAUAGCUGCAAACCUGACAAGGAAAGAAAAAACCAGUCUUGGAGAAAAAACAUCCAUGAUCUAAGGACCAGCGGUGACCUCGGCCAAAAGGCCUUGGCUGGGAAAGUUGUGCAGAAAUCUGGUCUGCGCACGUAUGAAACUAAAGAGAAGGUGAAAAGGUUUUUCUUUUACCUGGCGGUUGCUGAUGAGACAGCCUGCAUUAAAGUGAUGGUGUAUGGAGAAGAGCUCUAUCAAAAAAUCACGGAAAAGGAAUCCUACUUGUUCACGGGGGUAAUCAUGGAAGAGGACCUCAUGAAAGUAACCAAAAAAAGCAGAGUCUCCAAGACCAGCACUGUGGAGGUUCCGGAGGAGCUGGAGCUGGAAGCUUUGAUGAUCAUCUAUCGUCAGAGUCCAGUUCGCUCCAUCACUGAGGCCAAAAUGUUCGAUAAGACAUUAGUGAGUGUUGAAGGAACAAUACAAGAGAUCGGUUCCGUUGCGCACAUCAGUUUGAAGACCAAACGGCGCAAGAAAGAGAAGCAGGAUUUCAGACUUAAAGAUGACACAGGUUACAUCCGGAUCAGCUUGUGGGGCAACGACAUCAAGCAGCUCAGUGGAAAAUCGGAGGGAGACCUUGUCAGGGUGACCAACGUGAGGACCAAUCACUACUAUGACACAGUAUCUCUGAACUCAACUGAUUUCACCAGAAUUUUCCAGGUCCACAGCGCUGCCGUCAAGAAUGUGAGAAUUUUGAUUAUAGGCAUCACAAAAGCCAACAAGAAGGAGACUCACCUGGAAGCAGAGUUCAACAGCCAGGUGCAAGCAUUUGUGGUGGCAUCUCACCUUCUGGCAAAGGCGUUUGGUGUCAGACUGGAGGGUGACUUCGAAGAAAGGCUCCUCCAGAAAAUGCCCCUCUCAGCAGAUGCAGAAGUUCAAGGAAGUGAGAUCGUUAAAAUCAGUGCCGCUUAGAAUCUGUCGUGAAAUAACAAGAGAACAGGCCACACCCGACCAUGAAACUCAUCAGUUGUCAACUGUCCAAUUAUUUCUGAGCCUCUGAAAAUGAAUAUGUAAAAAAAUGGCUGUAAUCCCUAAACCUUUAAUGUGAUGUUUUUGUU